AACAACAAAAGUUCAUUGACGACAGACAUACAUCAUUCACAUACAUCGUAUUUGUCGGCGACAGACUAUAUAAGAAAAACAAGUGCGAAUUUUCUGGAAAAUUAUUAAAGAAAAACGACAAAAAGUAAUUGCGUUCAACUGCUAAGCUGAUAGCAAAAAUGGCAACACAAACUACGGAGACGAUACCCAGUAGUGAAUCCAUUCAGGAUGAGAAAAAAGGUCCCAUAUUUAAGGAAAUUGAUGCUGACGAGGCGGUAAAUGAGGCAACAGAAAUUGAAUCGGCAUGUAUGAAUUGUUUCAAGACUGGGGUAACACGUCUGCUCUUGACCAAAAUACCAUUUUUCAAGGAGGUUGUGUUGAUGUCAUUCAAAUGUGAAUUUUGUGGAUUUGAAAACAAUGAAAUUCAAUCUGCAUCGGAAAUCCAAAAGAAAGGCGUUCAUAUUAAAUUGGAGGUUAAGUCUAGUGGUGAUUUGAAUCGUCGUGUUGUGCGCUCCGAUUAUACAUUGGUUAAAAUUCCUGAAGUUGAAUUGGAAAUUCCAUCACAGUCCCAGAAGGGAGAGAUUACCACAGUUGAGGGUAUCAUUGAUCGAACGAUACGUGGCCUUAGUCAAGAUCAAGAUAAAAGACGAAUUGAACAUCCAGAUGCAGCGGCCGCCAUUGAUGCCUACAUUGAAAGGUUGAAUGACUUAAAGGCGUUGAAGACCAACUUUACAUUGGAAUUGGAUGAUAUUAGUGGUAAUAGCUUUGUUGAGAAUCCUUUGGCUCCGGCACAUGAUCCCAAUUGCAAGACAACACACUUCACCCGCACCAAGGAACAAGAUGAACUAUUGGGUCUAUAUGAUGCCAAUGAAGUGCAAGAAGGCGAAAAGAAAAUUCUGAAAGAAGAUAAGCCCUUGUUAAAACCCAUUCCUGAAGGUGAAUGGACUUUGGAGGAUUUGCAUGGUGAGGUGUUACAAUUCCAAACGCUGUGUCCCGAAUGCCGUUCCCCAUGCGAAACAAAUAUGAAGCUGACAAAAAUUCCCCACUUCAAGGAAGUUGUUAUUAUGGCCACCGUGUGCGAUGUUUGUGGCUGUAAAACAAAUGAAGUUAAAUCUGGUGGUGGUAUUGAAGAUAAGGGUACCCGUUUUGAGGUGCGCAUUGAUAGCAAAGAAGAUCUUACCCGCGAUGUACUAAAGUCGGAGACAUGUAAUUUACUCAUACCCGAAUUGGAUUGUGAAGUUGGUCCCUCAGCAUUGGGUGGUCGUUUUACCACCGUUGAGGGUAUCCUAACCGCCAUGAAAGAUCAAAUUGAGGGCAAUGAUGUUAUGUUCCAAGAUUCAACAGAUGAAGCGUUUAAGAAUCGUUUCAAGGGCUUUAUUGAGAAAUUUGAGAAAAUAUUAUCUUUGGAAAUGCCCGCCACCUUGGUAUUGGACGAUCCAGCCGGUAAUAGUUAUGUUCAGUCGUUGAGUGAUACAGAAGAAGCCGAUGCUAAAUUACAGGUUACAAAAUAUGAACGUUCAUAUGAACAAAAUGAAGAGUUGGGUUUGAACGAUAUCAAGACAGAGAAUUAUGAAGAGCAAUAAGUAAAAAUAAGUUUUCUAUUGUAUUUAAGUUAAUUUUGUAUAUUGUAAGAAAUGAGAAAGAAUUUUCCUCUGGCGAAAUAAAUUAGCUGUUUUUACCCAUAUAUUUUAAAUGUA